AUGGCCAUUCUACCCAUCGUACCAUUGACGCCCCAACACUCUGGUUUAUCGUAUUUGCAUCCUAUUGAGCCUGACUAUAUCUCUUCAUUAGACCAAACCAUUCCAGACAUAUCAGAUGUGUUACUUGAGCAGGCGGCCGCCUCAGUUGAGUCCCACGCCAAAUUUUUGAAGGCCAAAAAGAAUGACACCCUCAAACAUGAAUACCAAAGUCGCCGAGAUCUUUUCGUCAAGGGUCAUGAAGGCAGUAGGCGAAGGAAGCGUUAUGACAACGCAAACUUCUUGAAUGUUCCUAAUUACCAACCACCGCUUCCAUCAGACUGGGAAGUCCAUCCCACCCACACUGUUCACCAAAAUGUCCCAUAUUAUCUCGCAAACCUUUGGGAUAGUAGAUCUCAUUGUCUACCAGAACAACGCAAGAAAAUUAAAUCUGGAUCUAUUCGACCUAAAGUGCCCAACAACGUCAAGUUGGCUCUAAAGAAAGCUAAGGGUGCUAGACCUCUUUUACAAGGCAUCGAGAAUCAGAUUCGAAAUUUCAUUCAGCAAUCAAUUGAGGAUAAUAACAAACAAAACAAUAGAAAUGAGAUUCUAGUUGAUAGUGAAGAUGAAGAAAUUGUCUUCAUCGGAAGAGAUAGCGACGGACGGGGAGUUAUUAUGUCAGACGAACCAAAACUUCCUACAAAAAUUAGUAAAGAUAGCGAGUCUUUAAUCUUUAAAAGUGAUGAAGGAAGUAGCGGAUUUGUGCGUUGGCUAGUUCAUGAGCUAGCAGAAUAUUAUGGGUUAAAUUCAAGAAGCGAGGGGAGCAGCUAUGCGACUAACCAUGGUAUGAGUGAAAGAAAGGUGAUUGUUGUACUUAAAAAGGGGCAUUGGGAAGGAGAUCAAAGGACCCGUCUGGACGAUCUGAAUGCCAACCACAACGUAUCGAACUCUAAGUACGAUUUGGCUAAAAUGCCGCCCCCACUUUGGUCUUUGAUCUAA